CCCACUCAUUCAGUCGCUCAGGCAGACGGGUCCGGCAGCAGCCCCCUCUGCCCACCCUCCCCACGACGAACCCCAGUGCCGGGGAGACACGAGCACCUCAGCCUCCCCAGUCUGACCCCCUUGCCUCUCCCCUUUCUGACUUCUGACCCCGAGGCACACAUUGAGCCCACCACCACCCCUUGAGGGUCCUUCAGGACAGGUUGUACUGAUGUGCACUGUCUCCUGAGACUUUCUGCCUCACCCCCGACCCCCCCAGGGGCAGCCAUGUCGCAGUUCUCCACCAUGACGACCAGCGAGCGGAAAAUGCAGGCAGCAGCGAUCUGCAGGGAGGUUCUAGGGCAGGAAGGUUUGAUAGAUGGGAGUAUAAGAAAAAGAAAAAAAGAACUCGAGAUGGAUCUUGGGAAGAAAGUGAGCGUGCCUAAGGACAUCAUGCUGGAGGAGCUGUCACUUGCCUCCAACCGGGGCUCCCGUCUCUUCAAAAUGCGCCAGAGGCGCUCGGAGAAAUACACCUUCGAGAGCAUCCAGAACAACAACAACCAGAUCAAUAGCGCAGUGGUUUCUCAGGCGGAGAAUCCCACGGACGGCCACAGUGGCGAAAAUGACUCCGGUGACAACCAGCCACCCAAGGAGCCGUCUGAUACCCCAGAUGCAAGAGUGGACUCGAAUCCAGACAGCAUUGCCCCGGGGUACGGAGGUCCUUUAAAAGACAUCCCUCCAGAGAAGUUCAAUUGUACGGCUGUGCCAAAGUCCUACUUUUCACCGUGGGAGCAGGCCAUCAACAGUGAUCCGGCCUUAGCCAGUACUCUCACCACCUCCAUGCCUGAGCCCGAGCCCCAGUCAGACCUGCCAGGGUACAAAAGUUUCAACAGGGUGGCGACCCCGUUUGGCGGCUUCGGCAAGGCACCCAGACCUGCUCCCAUCAAGCCAGCACAGGUCGAAGCCAUCCCUGACUUCCAUGAGCUCCGGGGGGACGCACCAAUAAACCGGUCUUCCUUCAACAGAUCCGCUCUGGGGUGGGUGUCGACGGGCGGGCCGGUCCCCCUCCAUACCAUUUCCCUUGAGCCUGUGCUCAUCCCUGAGUCAGAAGACCUUUGAACCCGUGAUGAAGUUACACAGAGAUGCUGUCAACUUCCUUGCACCCAAGGUUAGGGAGGGCGGAGGGAAACGUUUUCGGUCAGAACACAGUCAGGGUGAGAGAAAGUAUCCUGUUGGAUGUUGAGGGUUGAGGUUAUCGUGUGCAGCAUCCCCUCAUUUUCCUGGGAUGCAUAAAUCAUGGGUUAAUGUACAGUACGUAGAGACACUACUGUAAUAAAUGGAAUUUGUUGUAUAUUAAUGUGCAUAAGAGUAUUUUAUCUUGCAGACACAAGUUUUACACAAUAAAAUGGUGUGUGAUCCAACAAGUCCUUCA